CUGGGCGGCGUGGCCUCGCCAGUUUCUUUCCUCUGAGCGACGAUGGCCGGGUCUGGACGCUUGGUGGGUCUGCGGCGGGUGGCUGCUCGGCUGGCGGCGAGAGAGGCAGAAGGCAAACUGCCCGAGGAGCAGCAGGAGGUAGAGCAGGAGGUGGAGAGGUUGCUGCAGCGCCAGGAGAAGGCGAUCCGCCUGCGCAAAAUCCAGAGGCUGAUGGAACCGCGCGGGCCCCCCGAGCGCACCUUGACCCGCCAGGCCAUGGAGCAGAUCCGGUACCUGAAUCAGGAGCUGCCGGAGGAGUGGCCCAUCUCCCGCCUGGCACAGAGCUUCCAGGUGGAUCCCGGGGUCGUACAUCGAGUCCUCCGGAGCCGCUUCUCCCCUCCACCGGAGCGGAGCGCCAAGCAGGACGCCAAGGCCACCGCCGCCGUGGCUUCGGCCCCCAAAAGCAGCGCACGCCCCAGGAUCAUCAUGGCCACCGAGGCCACCGGCAGUCUACUGCCAGCCCCUGGCGUUGCGACCGCACUCUCCCGGCCAGUCGCCCCCAAGGCGGCACGUGCGGGCCCCUCUGCACCGGAGAAGCAGCAGCAGCAGCAGGGGGAAGAAGAAGAGGAAAAGGAGGAGGAAGGUCGGGGUUGGCGGGGGCCGAGCCCUGCGGAACUGGAGGCGAUGGUGGCUGAGGGCACCUGGGAGUCCCAGCUGAAAGUCGUGCAGAAGGGCCGAGAGUUCUUUGACAGCAAUGGGAACUUCCUCUACAGGCUCCCCCAAACCCAGCAGACCUGAUCAUCUGGCAGUACUGUACUGGAAGGCAGGCUGGCCUCUUUUUGCAUGUCAAGGGCAAUACCUUGUCUGGAUUGUCUCUGUAGCUAAAAUGGCCACAUCCAGCCUCUGAAAAGGGUGGGGGGGGGGUUCUGUUGUGGUGGAAAGUGUUUUGGGGCCCCUCCUAACUAGAUUCUGCUCCCGGGCAGCUAGGAGAACUCUGCUUCCUGCAGUACAAGGGACCAUCUUGCCUAGGCUGUUUCUUUGCUGUCUGCUCACAGUAGAAUCAUCAAGCAUUGAGAGGUGGACACCAGGCUUAUAUAAAGGGUCGUGCUGAGUUUUGUCUUUACAAGGUGCUGUGACGCAGGUGGCUAGAAUUUCCCUUGGACACAUGCAGGUGAGAGACUCAGAAAGAGCCAUGUGGCUCUGCAGGGACUCAAUGGUAGUGACUACAGCAACAGCAGCAAGGUCUCCCAGGCCUAUGGAAAGCAAGUACAUGAUGAUAAGCUUCCAUGCCUUUCUGAAAGCAUUUCGGAAGGGAUUAGUAGCUUGGGUUUCUUAAAGUUCUUCAGAUGCCUGUUACCCCUUCUUGAGAGGAAGCUCCAGCCACCUACUAUGAAAAGCAGGUUGGGGAAGCUCACUUACUCUUUUAGU